AUGUCCAGAGCUGCCUCCUCGUUGCCAAAUUCGUCUGGUAUGGGGCCUAUUCGAGAUGUAUCGCCUCCGAUCAUCGGUACAUCAGGUUACGUGGAAUAUCAAGGGUCUGCUUAUGAUGAAGGCGAAAUGAUUGUGGCCGAUGAAGACAGCGAAGGAACAAUUACCUACUUUCUUGAAGAUGAGCAAAAUCCUGGAGGUUUAUUGGAAGUGGUGCACUCUGAACGAGUUCAUGCAGACACCGGUCCCCCAUUAGCAUCAAAGGUAACACCUUUACUCAUGGAACCCCAGCCAACUGGAAAUGUUAGCUUUGAUGAGACAAUGAGUGACAUCAGAAGAAGAAUAACUGUAAGUCUCUUUUUAACUUGUGGAACUGACUAGGG